GUGUUGUUGCGGAAGUGCCGGGUGAAACGCUGGUGUGCUGGUGAUUAUGUCCGCUGUCAGCUGCAUUCAUUAAUUCCUCAGAAUAGUACAAAAGCUCUGGUUUGUGUCUGUAGCUCCGCCGUUUACACGGAAACAAGUGACGCAAUGGCAGCUCUGAAAUACGCAGGUAUGGACGAUACAGACAGCGAGGACGAGUUACCGCCUGGUUGGGAAGAGAGAUCUACGAAGGAUGGAUGGGUUUACUAUGCUAACCAUGAUGACAUGAAGACACAGUGGGAACAUCCUAAGACGGGGAAGAGAAAGCGCUGUGCUGGAGAUUUACCGUAUGGAUGGGAGGAAGAGACUGAUGAAAAAGGACAGAUAAUUUAUGUCGAUCACAUCAACAAGCGGACGACGUAUUUUGAUCCGCGUCAGGCAUUUACAGUCGAGGAUGUGGUGGUGAAGCCAAAGCGGUAUGACGGAAACACGGCUGCCCUGGAGAUCCUGCAAGGUCGCGACUUCUCUGACAAGGUUGUUGUCAUUACUGGGGGCAACUCGGGUGUCGGCUUUGAGACAGCCAGGUCUUUUGCUCUACACGGCGCCCAUGUGAUCCUGGCGUGUCGAAACCUGUCCCGGGCCAGUAAGGCUGUUAGCCUCAUCCAGCAGGAGUGGCAAAAAGCCAGAGUCGAAGCCAUGAUGUGUGAUCUGGCCCGACUCUGCAGUGUCAGGGAGUUUGCCCAAUCUUUCAAGGCCAAGAAACUGCCCUUGCACAUCCUGGUGUGUAAUGCAGCAGUGUGUACUCAACCCUGGAGGCUGACAGAGGACGGCCUGGAGUCCACCUUCCAGACCUGCCAUCUAGGUCACUUCCUCCUCGUCCAGUGUCUGCAGGACGUGCUGCGGCGCUCAGCGCCUGCCCGUGUUGUGGUGGUGUCCUCCGAGUCUCACAGGUUCACAGACCUGUUAGACUCGUGUGGAAAGGUCGACGUGGCCCUGCUGUCUCCACCCAAGAAGGAAUACUGGUCCAUGCUGGCUUAUAAUCGAGCCAAACUCUGCAACGUCCUCUUCAGCAAUGAGCUCCACCGCCGCCUCUCGCCUCACGGCGUCACCUCCAAUGCGGUGCAUCCUGGGAACAUGAUUUACACCUCGAUACACCGGAGCUGGUGGCUGAUGACGGUCCUCUUCAUGAUGGCCAGACCUUUCACCAAGUCCAUGCAACAAGGAGCAGCCACCACGGUGUACUGCGCUGUCGCCCCGGAGCUGGAGGGAUUAGGAGGCAUGUACUUCAACAACUGCUUCCGUUGCAUGCCGUCCGCACAGGCCCAGGACCAGACCUGCGCUGCCAGUCUGUGGGCGCUGAGUGAGCGGCUGGUUGCAGAGGGGUCAGUGGGUGUACAGGCCCUCUGAUGGACGAGAGGAGGAGGAGGAGGAGGAGGAGGAGGAGGAGGACGACUAGCCAAACAGGAAUCAUAGAGAUAAGAUGGUGGGUCUUGAUGAUGUCCAGUUAGAUAUAAACUAAAAGAUAACUGCACUAUACAAGAGCUGCCAACCACAGAAAAGUCCAUCACGUCACUACAGGGGCUAAAAUACUCUACAUACACACGACAGGAAUGUGGUUUUUUUUUGUGUUUUUUUUUUUUUUUUUUUAAUUAAUAGACACUCUAUUCAAAAAAAGGGUCAAAGAAGUGUUGAGCUCUGCUGUGGGUCUUUACAGUGAGGGGACAGGAGAGGGAUUUGGGACUCUGUCUCCGACUCUCUCUGCGUCUUCUGCUGUUUCUUAUUUCAAAGAGUAAAAGUUUAUAAAAGCAAAUGAUCCGUUGUACUAAUACAGGAUUGGCUAAUUAGCAUACACUCUAAAGUGUUUGCAUCUGAUUCCAGCAAUAAUGCACCAUAUGGGAAACACUGUGUUUCCAGCUGAUGUUUGUUCACUUUCCUCUUAUCAAGCUUUAUAUGUAGAUGUUGAUGUUUCCUAUUAAGUUCCAGAGGGAACUGGUUAAUCAUUGUGCUAAAUCUUUUUUUUUUCCUUUUUUAUUGGUGUUGGGGGCGGGGCAUAGAAGAAAUAAGGAGUAAUGGGCAUGUGGUACUAAUGGAUAUAUAAACACACUAGAAGUAUGAUUCCUAUGUACAAUAUUCUGCAAUAGUUUCAUUUCUUAUCAAUCUCCCUAUUUGUUGACUGUACAUUAUUUACAACAUCCUGAUUCUGAUUUGUGGGCGUGUGCUGAAGGGGUGUGGACAUCAUAUCUUUUGUCUUUUGUUUAGUUUUUCUGCUGAGUCUCAAUUACAAUUUGGAGGUAUUAUGGGGUGAUCUGGGUCCGAUUGAAUAUUAAACACCGGAGGUGGAGAUUCAUAUUUCCAGAGGCCGUGAUCGUUAAUUUCUGUUUCUUCUCUCGUCGUUUGUAUUAGAGUCUGUUGUCUUUUUUUCUUUUCUUUAAAAUCAUCGUGGUUUUAAUAGUGAACUCUCUGGCUUUGGCUUCGUUGUGUUCUGGUCGCUGUGAAGCCGCUGUCGUUGGGAAGCUUUUUGAGACAUUGUGCUUUAUGGCAGUCUGGGUGCCGUAGGUUGCUCUGGAAACAUCAGCGUUCCAGUGUCAGGAUUUCUGUAAAGACACAAACAAAAGAGGAAAACGUGUUAAUAAAAUUCUGUUAAUCAACAA